AUGCUGCUUACUUUGGCUGUGGGUCUCGUCUGCGUGGCUGGUCUCAACGCCGAAAAACUGAAGGAAGUGGAAGUGGAGAUUCUCGGCGUACCUUGCAGGAAGUUUGUACAGAAGGGUGAUUAUGUGCACGUCUUCUACGUGAGCAGGCUGAACGAGAGUAAGAAGCAGUUUGAUUCGAAUGUGGGUGACGAACCUAUUCGGAUAACCGUGGGAGGUGGUCAGGUCAUUGCCGGAUAG